AUGUCCGUUAUAUUGUAUACUGAAACCAAACGCCUCAAAAUAAUAAUUUCCCCAGCCAAAGAGGAGGAUGAGGUACCUUAUUACACCCGCAGGAAAGAUUUGGCAGAUAUAGAAGAUGCAACAGUAGACACUGAAGACAAUGAAAAGACUUUGAUCAAAAGGUAUGGGUUUUUCUGCAAUGACUCAGUUUUUUGCCUUUCACAUGCUUUUUUUUUCUCAUGGAUGCACAGACCAUUGUAAAAAGUAGGGUUGGAGUUGCUAGGAGGUGUUAACUAAUGGCAACUUUUGACAAAGUGCUCUGACUAAAGUACAACCCUCCGGACCUCUUUAUAAAUGACAGUUACUUUCUUUUAUUUUAUUUUAUUUUUAAUCUUUAGUUAAUAAAGUUCAUGCUCAACAACUGUAAUGCUAUUAAAAAUGUAUUACAUUCAUGCUCAAAUCACUGGUGAUCCUUGCAAUCUGAUUGGUUCUCAUUGGCACGAUUUAUUGAUAAAAUGCACCAUUUUUUGCUCUAAAGUGCAUCGAUUUCCCAGCUAAUGAGAAAGUUCCACGAAAAUACAGCAACAAAUCAGAUUUAACCAAUUGUUUUAGGAAAUCAAUCAAAUUGCAGAAAAAAAGAAAGACAACUUUUACAACAUUUUACACACCAGCUCAGUACUGGAUAAAUAACAUACAUGUAUUUGUACCGGCUUUAAAAAAAUCUUUAUUCAUUUAGCAACUGAAUUUUGCAAAUUUAAAAUAAAUGUAAUGAAGUGGUAAUUGAACUUUUGCCAUGCACUUUUAGUCUGAAAUCAUACUAGUGAUUUCAAGUCUAAUGCUGCUGCACAAUCCUUUGAUUCAGAUGUCACGCGUAUGAUUUCAGAACAAAGUUUACUCCACCCAGUUCAAUUACCAUGUUCUACAGGUAUUCAAAUUUUUUUUUUCAGUGUUCCAUUAAUAAAGGGGUACUUAAUUAUUAUCAAAAAUGAUAGUGAAUCAUUUUAAUAAAUUUUUUUAUUUAUGAUUAUAAUAUUUGCACAUAUUUGACGCAUAUUUACACGCUAUUUGAGUCAAAGAAAAGCAAAUUAAUGGAAAAGAAAAGAAAAAUAACAUUUAUUAGAUUUAGUUUUGAAAUUAAGUGUCAAAAUCUGAAUGAGUUUUUCAAACUGCCAGUUUGCCACUUGCAUUUUAAAUGCCUUUGUCAUUGCUUACUCCACUUGGGAAAAAUAUCUUAAAGUGCUGGAUAAUUAAUUUCCUUUGUAUUUCAGAGGACAAAUCGGAGGUAAGGAAGACUCAUGGCACCUGAGGGAAGCUGGUGCCUCUAUCAAACUUUGCAGUGGAGCUGAACAACAACCUGUGCCAUUUACAUGUAGAUGCUUAUUGUGGAACCCCAGGACCCUCUCCCCCUCCACUGCCAGUGAUGAGAUAUUGGUUAGCAGUGUUAUUGAAAUAUCUCAUGAUGGCCCACCAGAUCUGGAUUACAAGCAAAGUUUUGAAGGAAUAAGUUUUACUGUAUCUUUGCUGCACAGUGCCCCAUAUUUGGAGGGGUAUGAGGUGGUUAUCAAGCAACUGACUGACCAAGAGAACAACGAAUGGAAGGAAUUAAAGACAGAGAAUACUUGGCAUGGAUCA